UUUUUGGACUAUCCGAUUCGAAGGCAAACAUAGCUUUUUUAAAAAAGUUGUACGGGAUGUUAACAAUUUUAAAAACAUUCUGUUAACCCUUGCCACACACCAUCAGCUCCUACUAGCUUACCAUCUAGAUAUGCCUACCAUCUUCAAACCAGCAUUGGAAGUCACAAAUGUCACAAAUGUUUCUCCGGACAUUUUGGAGUUUUCUGUCAAAACAGCUGUUCAAAGGAAAUACAGUGGUGUGGAGUCUGUUGGCCUUGCUUCAACUGCUUGCUUGCAUGGAACCAAAUAUUCUGAAGGCAUGUUUGUGUCUUUCGGCCAAACCAGUGGACUGCCAGACUUUGGAAAAAUAAUGAAACUGCUUAUUGUAGCUCAGAAAGCUUCCUUUAUGAUUGAGAAGUAUACAGCAUGGUAUGUGGAGCACCUUCGUUGUUUUGAAUUGUGCAGGAGCCUUUCCUCUGAUGUUAUCAUCAUAGACCCUGAGGAUUUGAAUCACUAUGCUCCACUCUCAUUGUACACAGUGCAAGGAAGACAUUUCAUCUCUCCGGUUGCUUUUCUGCUUCACUAGGUACCCAGAGAAACCAUGCUAUUUAGAGUGAACAUUACCCCUGAUGACAUCAGAAGAGUUUCAGUUGAAAGCCUCCCAGAAACUGUAGAUGAGCUGGUCAACAUACUUCGGCAAGAACUAGGCUUGCAAGGUGAUUUCAUUCUGCAGUUUGAAGACCCAGAAUUUCAAAAUGAGCUUUGCAAUUUGUCCAACAUGUCAGACUUACCUCAAGGGAGAGCAACUCUUAAAGUUAUACAGAAGGGUGCUGUGGUGACAGCCAGUGGUAAUCAAAUCUCAGACUCCUCCAUUGACACUGACUUGCCUCACACACCUGCCUCACAUACUCAAAAAUGGCCAGAUCCAUUUCCUGUGCCCACUUUAUCAUCCAGCACUGAACUGCAGCUCAAGCAAGGGAAUGAUGCAUACUCUAAAAAUGGGUCUCUUUUGAACAUCACCAGAGAGAUGAAAAGUGACAUUCUUGAUAAGCUGGCAGAAGCCAUCUAUGCUAUUAAAGCAUACCCGAACAACAACGAAUAUAACGCUGUUGCAAAAGCCUUAGUAGAAAAACACCCAUGUUUGAAAGAGCCUGGACCAACGGCCUGCGGAUGGUCUGGUUGGAAUUUCAGCUUGAAGUUUAAAAUGGGGAAUUUUAGGCAAAAGCUUCGCAUAUCGGGAUGUGCAGAGCUCUCUGUGAAUUGCCGUGAGACGUCUGAUUCAGGGGAUAAAACCAGGGUAACGAAGAAGGCCAGGAAGUCUGAAGUAAAUUUUCUUCCAAACUUACCAACAGGCAAAAGCUUUGACAGCCUUGAAGUUGACAGAUGUGCCUUAGAGAAUGAGAUGAAGAAAAAGAAAGUGGCUUGGAAGCAAGUUGAUGCGCUAAUGGACAACACAUUUUCAUUAAGGCGAAAAGAAGUAAUCUCAGAGGUGCCCUUGGUUAAAGAUGUGAAGAAGAGGUGGCCAGCCUUAUUUACACAGAGACAGGUUGCAGCAGAAUUUCGACGCAUAAUGGCUAAAGACCUUGGGAAAGCCUUUUUUGAUGGCCUCGACGAGUACGUACCAACCUUUUUGCAGUUGUAUCGAGAGAGAUGCUCAGGGGAUGGAGCGCUCAAAUGCCUUGUUGAGUCUCUCGAUGCUGAUAACUCAAACCAACGUAGAAGAGAAGUGGUCCUCCUCGGUCUUCCCCAUUAUGUUAGAGAGCAGCCCUCUAAGUUCUUAAAAAAUUGUGAGCCACUCGAUGAAGAUGAUGUCGUAAAAGGAAUGGAUGUUGGACUCUUGAUAGUCUCUGAGGAAAAUCCCGGAGACCUUCUGCCAAAGGAAAUAAUUGAUGUGGCAAUUGUUCUGGAGGAGCAGAUUGUCAUUGAUGAUUUAAAGGAUGUCUCCCAAGGCUUUGCUCAUCUUAUGGGUCUUCUCUAUGUCCUAAAUAUCAGUUACCCAAAGGAGCUGAAAUACACGUUUGAGGUUGUGCAAAAAGUCAUCAUGAAGAUUGGUGGGGACACUUGUUCUUCAAGAGUUCAUGCGGUGCGGAAGAAACUGCUACUUAAGAAUCAGUAAGAACUGUGCUUUGCUUUUUCUUGUAGUUGACAUGUAAAUUCCCAUCUUCAUCGAGUUUGUAUGUGCAUUGCAUUCUUAAUUUCACAUACAUAUUUUCCAUAUUUUUACACUACAGCUGUAAAUGCUCUUAUCCCUAUGAGUCUGUUUGGACUCUGACAAUCUGUUGAGCUAUGGUUUGUGUGUUUGUCAAUUUGGUUCACUGUACAUAGUACAUUCAGCCUGCAGUUCAUCUUAUGCAGAAUAUUGUAAAUAAAACCAGCAGUACACAAUUAUCCUCAUCUUAAGAGCCUUAAGAAAACCCAGAUGUAAAUGUUUUAGAUUACAAAUUUAUAAAACAAGUUGUUACAGAAAUGAACUGUUAAAUCUUUUUGCUUGGUUUUAAGUGGACAGAAAAAAUAUAGUUUCUCCUGUUUGUAUUUUUUAAGAAACAACAUGUAUCUGGAUCAGUUCCGAUACUUAACUGCUUCCAAUGUAUAUGAACUUCAGUAAGGUUGAAGAUUAUUUUGCAAUCCUAUU